AUGGACAUGUCUAACUCAUCUCGCCCUCCCGCCAUGUCGACCUUUCCUGACCUCAUGAAUGACCCGGCUUUGGACGAGAGGGAGAAGGGUUUUGAAGACAUCGACACCUGUCGGAUCUGUCACGGCGAGGCUGUUGAGCCAGAUGACCCGCUCUUCUACCCUUGCAAAUGCAGUGGCAGUAUAAAGUUCGUUCACCAGGUGUGUCUGGUGGAAUGGUUGGCUCACUCGCAAAAAAAGCACUGUGAGCUCUGCAAGACACCCUUCCGCUUCACCAAGCUCUACAAUCCGAAUAUGCCCCAGACCUUGCCCACACCUCUUUUCAUCAGACAUGCCGCGAUUCAAUGUUUCCGAACCCUGGUGACAUGGCUGCGCUUUCUUCUUGUGGCGUUUAUUUGGUUGGGAUGGUUACCAUGGUCGAUGCGUGCAAUCUGGAGGGCACUGUUCUGGCUCGCAGACGGCCGCUGGUCGGCGAGCGGGGAUGCUCAGCAGCAACUGAUGGAAUCUUCCCAAGAGGGUGUUUCUCAGUGGGCUGGAAAUGGGACGGCAUCAAACGCUGUAUUCAGUUCGUUGGCCUCGACGGCCGCGAAUGUUAUGACAUCUGCUGCAUCCGCUACAUCGUUACCGCAAGCUUCAGGGAUCAACUUCCCAGCCGGCGACCCACUGAUGCUCACUCUGAUCAAGAAGAUCAUUCCGAACCUGUUUCUUCCCGCCUUUUCAUCACCGGCUGGACAAAAUGUUACGAGUCCAAAUGGCACGACAGGUAUCACCAAAAACCGAUACCCAUCCUGGCUGUCUGAUGUGAAAUUCCUUAACUCCUUGACACGAUAUCCGACCAUCAAUAACAUGAUCAUCGAUAUGUUAGAAGGCCAGCUGAUCACUCUUCUUGUCGUCAUUGCUUUCAUUCUUCUUUUCUUAAUUCGAGAGUGGGUGGUCCAGCAACAACCCAUGGCUAACAUUGCGGAGGGAGAGCGUGAAGCGGCAGUGCAGCUCAUAGCCAAUGAUCGGCUGAACGAGGGAGUCAAUCGAGCCAAUGAGCUCCACGAGCAACCCAACCGGCUUAACGAGGAAGAAACUGCCAAUCGAGAGGCUCGCCUACGUCAGCCUCCAGUAGAGCACGAAGGAUUCUACGGCGGUCACUUCCCGAAUCGAUCCGCUACGAAUUCACCUGCACCCUCAUGGACAGACUCUGAUGAUGGACUUCCUGCGCUUGAAAGAGAUGUACCUCGUCGCGAUGUUGUUGCCAGCGAUCUCUUCUCUGGAAAUGCUGAGAUGGAUCAGGGCCGACCAACUUUCGAACAUUCAGAGCAGAUGCCCCAUGCCGGGGCGACAAUGUUCCGUGAUCUUCUAGCUCGAUCAAAUGGCGAUCGCGGCGAGAUGCUGCGAAUCAUACGGGAGGAAGGCCUUGAAGAUGAGCUUGACUGGAUAGUUAACGCGCUUACUGGGCCUCUUGACAACGAAAAUGUGGCUGGGCCUUCAAAUCAGUCUUCUCAGCACUCUGCAAAUGCCUUGAAUGAGGAGCACGAUACGCCUGCAGCCCGAUUGCCCGAGUAUGAGCAAUCGCCGUUUGCUGCUGAUGCAAACGUAGCAUCAUCUACCGGAAAUGAUCUCGGGGCCACGGACGCCCAAGACAUCCAAGAUAGCUCGGACAUUCGGGACAAUGAGCUACCCAAAGGGGUUAUGGGGCGACUGGCAAACUGGUUCUGGGGAGAUCUCAACUUUUCUGAGCAUGAUGUUGCCGAAACUCUUCCGGAAGACGAUGCCCACGUUGUCCAAGACCCAGCUUUCGAAGACCCAUUUGUGCCUGUCCAAGCCCGCGUGGAGGAGCAGCCCCUUGAUGUGGUUGCAGAUGCUGCAGCAGCUGAUGCUGAUCCCGACGGUAUCGAGGCAGAUGAUUUUGACGGAAUCAUGGAUCUUAUUGGCAUGCAAGGCCCGAUCUUCGGGUUGUUGCAAAACGCCGUCUUUUGUGCACUUCUGAUUGCUUUUACUGUGGCCAUAGGCAUCUGGCUACCAUAUCUGUGGGGCAAGAUUGCCCUGGUUCUGCUUGCAAAUCCCUUGGAACUUAUCAUCGGCGUGCCGAUGGCUGCUGUCACGGUGAUUGCCGAUAUCGCUCUUGAUACCUUGAUUGGCGUUGUAGGCUAUGUCAUGUACUGGCUGAGCUUUGUCUGUAGAGUUGUCCUCAGUCCCUUCGGCGCCUUUGUCCCAGCCAUCGAUUGGAUUCCGCGCGGCAAGUCUGUUACCAGCACCUCGCUGUCCCUCAUUGAUGCCAGUACCAAUCGCCUUAAUAAAGUGGUCAAGGCGUUCCUUGUCUUCCACGAGUCAGAUAUUCCCAUGUUUUCGGUGAUAUCACAUCAGGCACUCAAGCUUCACCAGGCGCGUAUUGGUUCGGUCUUCCGAUUUGCAUUUGACACCAUGAAGUUUAUUUUGCACGACUUCCCACUUCGCCUCAUUACCCUCGGACUCCCAGGGGCAUUGUCCUUUGACGUUGACCUGUCCUUCUUGCAAAAAACCAUAUCUCAGACUCAGCAACACCUAGGCAGUCUGUUUAAGACGCCUCUUUUCAAUUCGGGAAGCAAGUUGAUGGAUGCAGGCGCCGUAGGCGCAGCAGAUGUCGCCAAAGCAACCUUAUCUGUUGACUAUGACUUGGCCGUCUGGGAUACGAAAGAUCGAGCUGUCGCCAUCUUGAUGGGAUACACGCUCGCAACCAUGGUGGGCUUCCUUUACCUAAGGAUCAAUGGACUCAUGUCUGGGGCGAACCGCGGGCAACGAGUUGAAGGCAUUGUAGCAGAAGUUCUCCUCCAGGCAGGCGGAGUCAUGAAGGUAAUCCUCAUCAUCGGAAUUGAGAUGAUUUUGUUCCCUCUUUACUGUGGUACACUGCUCGACCUUGCCUUGCUUCCUCUGUUCUCCGACGCAACGGUGGUCUCUCGCAUCGCAUUCACAGCCUCUUCACCACUCACGUCGCUUUUUCGUCCACUGGUUUAUCGGAACAUGCUAUAUGUUCCAUUUCGCCUUAUUUGUGUCCUUGUGUCGGAAGAUCUUGCGAAGCGGGACUUUAUUCGCGAUCCAGACGAUCCAACUUUCCACCCGAUUCGCGAUGUUCUUGAACGCAGCAUCACUACGCAGCUCCGCAAGAUCGGAUUCAGUGCGAUGGUAUACGGUGCACUGGUCAUAUUCUGCCUCGGGGGAGUAGUAUGGGGUCUCUACUAUGCAUUCGACAGCGUGCUGCCCAUCCACUGGUCCUCCAACGCUCCUAUGCUCGAAUUUCCCAUCGAUUUACUGUUUUAUAAUUUCGUCAUGCCAUUGGCAAUUCAGUCCGUCAAGCCCUCAGAUGGCUUGCACGACUUAUACAACUGGUGGUUCCACAAAUGCGCUCACUACUUGCGUCUCAGCAAUUUCUUCUUCCCGGAGAGACAUCCCGAGGAGGAGGGUCACCAUGUCCGGCGUACCUGGUGGAGCCUGCUGUCCGGAAGUAAGGGUGACUGGGAACAUCCAGUCAUUGGGGAGGAGGAACAGGCUGCCGCAGAAAGGGAACACCGUGAAACUUACUUCCUGCGGGACGGCAGAUACGUUCGCGCCCCUGCUUCUGAUCAAGUCCGCAUUCCCAAGGGAACGAAGGUCUUUUUGGAAGUGACUGAAGACAAUGAACGUGUCGAUGGAAGCCCCGAUCCCGACGAUGGACUCCACGGUCGGACUAGCAAUAUGUUCACCAAGGUGUACAUACCUCCUUCUUUUCGGACUCGCAUCGCCGCUUUCAUUCUCUUGAUUUGGCUCUUUGCUGCCGCUACCGGGGUAGGCAUCACUAUUGUUCCCCUGGUCAUUGGGCGGAGAAUAGUCGCACUUUACUUCUCCAGUCCCGUUCCAGUUAACGACAUCUACGCCUUCUCAUGUGGACUGUGUGUGGUUGGUAGCCUUGCAUACGUUGCCCUUUCUUGCCACGCGGCCGUGUUGGCGAUGAAAGAAAACCCGGGCUCAUACCUGCGAUCCCCUCGAGAGGUGGGCCGGGUUGGGUUUGACCUGACAUUGGAUGCAGGCCGCCUGCUCUACAUGUCAGCUGUCUUAGUAGUCUUGCUCCCGACAUUGUUUGCGAUUUUGACUGAGCUGUACAUUCUAAUACCAGCACACACCUUGAUGGGAGAUGGUCCCUCCCAUGUUGUCCACGUGGUUCAAGACUGGACACUGGGGGUCCUAUACGUACAGAUGGCGAUCAAGUUGAUCCUGUGGCAUCCGCAGUCGCGGCCUGCUGUCAUUUUCUACCGCAUCUUCCAAGAUGGAUGGCUGCGACCUGACGUCAAAGUAGCGACUAAAGCUCUUGUGCUUCCAUUGACGCUGUUUACUGCUGCAGCAGUCUUCAUGCCCCUAGCAUCGGUGGGGUAUUGCGAUGGACGAUCUUCUAUGCGCAAGUCUUUGAUCUACCGUUAUGCGUAUCCAGCGACCCUGUCGGUCGUGUUAGCCGCGUGGACAGUCCACUUGGUUCAUCGCCGAGUAGCGAUCUGGCGUAUCAGCAUCCGCGACGACGUAUACCUAAUUGGGGAGCGUCUGCACAACUUCAGCGAGAAGCGCGCACGGGAUGUCGGAGUAUCCCGACGAGUGAUUACGGGAUAG